AUGACUCGCCUCCAAACACACUACGAUAUUCUCUCUCUCCCUCCCACCACUCCCUCGACCCCCCUCACACCAAAUAUUCUCAAAAAGGCUUACCACCGUGCCCUUCUCCUGCACCAUCCUGACAAAACCCUGUCCCCAAGUACCAAGGCUGAAUUCACGGUCGACCAGAUCACAACUGCAUACAAUGUUCUGUCGACGCCGCAUCUGCGAGCUGAGUAUGAUAAAAAACUUGGUGCAAUGAAUGAGGAGACGGGUGAUGAUGGGAAGGUUCUGCAGGUUGUGGACUUGGACGAUUUUAUAGAGAGGGAGGAGGGAAGGUGGACCAAGAGCUGUAGAUGUGGGGAGGAAGAGGGAUACGUGGUAACAGAAGAGGACUUAGAGGCCGGUGAUGAUGUGGUCGGGUGUUGUGGCUGUAGCUUAUGGUUGAAAGUGGGGUAUGAGAUUCUUGAGGACGAAGAUGAAAACGUUACGGGGCAGAAAUAA